ACAUAGACAGAGCAAAAUCAUCAUAUUUUCGUUGUUGCUCGAUUCAAUUCAAUAAUUCAAUUCAAUUCCAUCGUUGUUGCUCGAUUCUUCUUGUUUCCCUAAUUCUCAAUCAAUUUCCGUUUCUUCAUAUCUCACUCACCUUCAUUCUCCUCACAAUUUACAAGAAACUAGUUUCGAUGAUGCAAACACCCAAUUCAAAGUCUGGUGAAUUAACCACACCCUUAAUUGCACAACCACAGGAAGAUGGUUUGACAAAUGAUGGGAUGAUUCCUCAAAUAUUUUCAUCUGUGCCUGCUCUCAGUGAUGCUGCUUCUUAUCUUUCACAAACAACAUCAUACUUAGCUGGUUGUUUCUCCGACUAUUCAGUAGAACAUUCCCCAAUACAGUCUGGUGCUUCUGACAUUCGUGCACAAGAAUUUGUGGCUGUUUCUUCCGCAGAAACUGAGGCAUCUACAUCUACUAAUAUUAAUCAUAUUUGUUCAAACAGAAAGAAUUUAACAAGUGUCGAAUCAUCUAGCACUUCAACUUCUUCACCUCUAGUUAUGCAUGAUGAAAUCACAAGGAUUUCUAGCAGUGACCCAUUACAAAAUGCCAGUACACUUGUUGUUCAAUCAAAUAAUACCGGACAAGGUGGCAUUUCCAUUUUCCGAGGACUGAUUGACCGCGCUCGAAGAACUGUUCGUGGAUCUGCAGAUGAUAUCGGAUGGCUUCAACAUGCUCAAGGAAUGCCCCCGGUUGAAGAUGGAACAGAGAGGUUCCAGGAAAUUCUUGACGAAAUCAAGCACGGUGUUCACAGGUUACCAAAUUCAAUGGUCUAUUUAUUAAUUCCAGGUCUUUUCAGUAACCAUGGUCCACUUUACUUUGUGAGUACCAAAGUCAGUUUUUCAAAAUUGGGUUUGGCCUGUCAUAUUGCAAAGAUUCAUAGUGAGGCAUCAGUUGAAAAAAAUGCAAGAGAGAUAAAAGAGUAUAUUGAGGAAAUUUAUUGGGGUUCAAAGAAACGUGUUUUGCUUCUUGGACAUAGUAAGGGAGGAGUAGAUGCCGCAGCUGCUUUAUCAUUGUACUGGCCUGAUUUGAAAGAUAAAGUUGCUGGGUUGGUAUUAGCACAAAGUCCCUAUGGUGGGACUCCUAUAGCUUCAGAUCUUCUGCGAGAAGGACAGCUUGGUGAUUAUGUGAAUUUACGGAAACUCACUGAGAUUGUUAUCUGUAAAGUUAUCAAGGGAGACAUGCGAGCCUUAGAAGACUUGACAUAUGAAAGGCGGAGGGAAUUUUUAGAGAAGCAUCGUCUUCCAGAAGAACUCCCUGUUGUUUCUUUCCGCACGGAAGCUAGCGUUUCACCUGCUGUUUUAGCCACACUAUCUCAUGUUGCUCAUGCUGAACUACCAAUGGUUGCUUCAGCUGGUGAAAGUACAAAACUCCCUGUGGUGAUGCCCCUAGGCGCUGCUAUGGCUGCUUGUGCACAGUUACUGCAGGUGAGGUAUGGCGAGAAGAGUGAUGGGCUUGUGACUUGCCGAGAUGCAGAAGUUCCCGGAUCUAUUGUGGUGCGACCUAAACGAAAAUUAGACCAUGCUUGGAUGGUUUAUUCGUCGCUAAAUGAUGAUCUUACGGAAGGAGAUGCUGCACAGGUGUGUGAGGCUCUCUUAUAUCUACUUGUGGAAGUUGGGCAGAAAAAGAAGCAUGCGUUUGCAAUGAAAGAUGAAUAAAAAGCAUAUACUACACGUAUUUUUCUUCUAUCUAUUCAUAUUUAUCUCUCCAAAAUCUAUAUUCAAUUUAUUUUUUGUAGUCUAGCCGAUAAAAAGGUUGAAUUAGGACAAGCUAAGAAUGUACGUUCUCAUAGAUAUAGAUAUAGAUAUAGCAGAUCUUGUAGAGUGGACAAGGAUUAUUUUCAAGUUGAUGAUAUGAUUUUUUAGUUGCAAUGUCAUCAUAUUACGGGAUCUUACCCAAA